AUGAUUGGCUCACACAUUCAUAGCAGCGUGAAGAAAGCGAUCAUGCUAUUGGUGCUUGUCAUGAUGGCUCUCUGCCACCAUUGUGCUGCUCAGACGCAAAACCCGGAAUUUUUGCCCACUGCUGGAACGGUUUCUGCGCCUGCUGCCAAUGCCAUCUUGAGAGCAGACGGUUCCAAUAUCCACAUUUUCUACAAUGGUGUCGCUGCGGAAGGAUUCGAAAGCACACGAUUGGAGCUUUACCUGCUUACCACAACCAACGGUCUCUCUGCGCCUGGCGUGGGUAAUAUCUCGUCUGGCUAUCAGCGUUUUGGUGGUCUGCCUGCUUUGGCCAAUUUGCCACCCAACGAUUUCCAGAACGGCACUUCUGAAUCACUUCGUAAUGAUCGUCGCUUCAACGCGUACAACUACACCUUGCCUCUACCCAACAACUCUGCAGCAGGAAAGGUGGCUGCUAACCUCACUUUCCUCGAGUUCUACCGUUCGCCCGACGACCAGGGCCUCGUUUGGGUCUCACUCAACUACCAUCCAGUACUCAUUGAUGCCAGUGGCUAUUGA